AUGCGCAAUCUUCAGCUCAUCAUGGACGAGGACAUGCUGAAUCGCUACCAGGCCAAGAAGGAAGCCUGCAACUUCCUGCUGAAGUGCGAAACCUGGUUCGCCGAAUACCUUGGAAUGAAGUAUGCCCUGUCGCUCAACAGCGGCGGCAUUGCCAUCAGCCUGGGCCUUGAAGCGAUGAAGCGAGCUCCUGGGCCAGCACUGAGGAUUGAAGCGACGUCCGAGCUGGUGAUCGAUUUGGACCACCUUGAGAAAUGCAUUCAGGACGACUUGAAGUCUGGAAAGUUUGCGCCGGGCAAAAUGAUCCUGGUUCUCUCGUAUAUGCGCGGUCGCGUGCCGGACAUGCACCGGGUUUUGGCGAUCUGCGAGAAAUACCAGAUUCAGCUCUUGGAGGACUCCGCCCAUGGCUACGGCUGCUCGUUCGACGGCCGCAAGUGUGGCUCCUUCGGCGUUGUCUCGACAAUCUCGUCCCAGGCGAACAAGCUGGUGAAUACCGGAGAGGGAGGCAUGGUGUUUACAAACAACGAUGAAAUCCAAGCCUUCUUCAUCUUUUCAGCGGGAAGCUAUGAAGAGCUUUGGAGAAAGCACGAGGCCAUGUCGCCACCGGAAGAGGUCUGCCUCAAAUACAAGUACACCACUGUAAACAAGUCCGUUCGCAUGACCAACAUCCAGGGGGCCUUGAUGCACCCCCAGCUGGCUGUGAUGAACGACCGAAUCGACCAGCACAACGAGAUGUACUAUUACCUCGUGAGGACGACUUCCGAGAAGCUUGAGGAAGUCUGCGGCAAAGAUGCCAGCAAGCGAAUCGAGUUCAUCGCACAGGCUCACAGCCUCGUGGGCCCCGUCUACGACUCGCUGCAAAUCCGCAUCCUCGACAAAGACGGCCGCCCCUCUGCCGAAGAGUUCGCUGGCCUCACCGGCUUCCUGAAGGAACUCCAGGGCCGAAAGCACUCCAUCGCCAAGUUCUCGGACCCGGCCAACGCGCGAAACUUCAUGUCCUGGCAGUACAUCAAUGCGGAGGCCAUCCGUCCGGAUGUGCUGCCCCAGACAAGGCUCGUCCUUGCCAACGUCUGCGAUCUUCGAUU